UGAGGUGCAUCCAUCAAGAACACACAGGAUGAUGAAGUAUCUUGUUGUCGUCUUAGCCUGUUCAGUACUGAGUGAGGGCAUAGUCAAGAUCCCUCUGAAGAAGCACAAGUCGAUACGUGAGUCACUGAGGGACAACGGAAUUGAGUUACCUUACCAGGAUCCAGCUCUCAAGUACCGGCCGUAUGAGUUUGCUGACUCUGCAAACAUGUACAUCAAUAACUAUGCAGAUACAACCUACUAUGGUGCCAUCAGUGUUGGAACGCCCCCCCAGUCUUUUCAGGUGCUGUUUGACACCGGUUCGGCCAACCUGUGGGUGGACUCAGUCUAUUGUAACACUCAGGCCUGCAACACACACACAAAGUUCAACCCCCAGCAGUCCUCCACCUUCUCCUUCACCAGUAAGUAUUUCUACCUCCCCUAUGGAGCUGGAAGCCUCCGUGGAUUCUUUGGAUAUGACACCGUUAAUGUGGGUGGCAUUGUAAUCGAAAACCAGGAGGUUGGUCUGAGUACUGAUGAGCCUGGCAGCACCUUCGUUGUAGCGAGGUUUGAUGGUAUCCUCGGCUUGUCCUAUCCACGUAUCUCAGCUGGAGGUGAAACACCCGUCAUGGACAGCAUGAUGGCUCGCAACUUGCUGGAAGCCAACAUAUUCGCUUUCUACCUUUCCAGAGGAGGACAGCAGGGUAGUGAACUGUCGUUUGGUGACAUUGAUGACAGCAAAUACCAGGGACAGAUCUACUGGACCCCCGUCACCUCUCAGACCUACUGGCAGAUUGGCAUUGAAGGAUUCCAAAUUAAUGGUAAGGAGACCGGCUGGUGCUCCAACGGCUGCCAGUCUAUUGUGGAUACCGGAACCUCUGCUCUGACUGCUCCGCUUCAGUUUCUCUAUGGCAUCAUGGAAAUCAUCGGAGCCCAACAGCAUUACAAUGGAAGGUAUACGGUGGACUGCAACCAGGUCUACAACAUGCCAACGCUCAGUUUUGUUAUCAGUGGAAUUUCCUUCAACCUGCCUCCAUCUGCUUACAUCUCUCAGUACAACCAGAAUGGGUACUUGUUCUGCACUGUGAACAUCACCCCCACUUAUCUGCCAUCUCAAGAUGGCCUCCCCCUGUGGAUCUUUGGAGAUGUGUUCCUCAGAGAGUACUACUCUGUGUACGACCGCACCAACAACAGAGUCGGAUUUGCUACAGCUGCUUAAGCAUUGCCUUAUGAGCACUAACCCAAUAAGAAAAUAUAACAACAUGUCUCUUGGCCAAAAAGGCUUUGGAAUAUGCAACAAGUAACAAUCCACCACACAGCUUGGUUUAAGAUGACUGUUAAUUAAAAUUCU